AAGAUACAGGCGAAACAAACUCGCUGACGGAUGACAGGUCUAGUUUUGUAAAGUUUGUGUGGGCAGACAGGAGAGAUGUUUUUAUGUUAAAUUUCACUGGUAGAAAGAAAGGAGAUGGCUUCAAUCAUCAAAAACCAAAUUCUAAAACACUUAUCCAAGUUCACCAAGAACAUGUCUCCAGACAAAAUUAACCUGAGUACUCUAAAAGGAGAAGGUGAACUCUCUAAUCUGGAACUGGAUGAGGUGGUUCUAAUGGAGCUCUUAGACAUGCCAACAUGGAUGAAAUUAUCAAAAGCUGUCUGCAACCGACUGUCCAUUAAGGUACAGUGGACAAAACUAAAGUCACAGCCCCUGUGUUUGUACCUAGAUGAAGUUGAAUUGGAGAUAGAGACCUGUAACACACCACGCCCCCCAAACAGCCCGGCCCACGUGGCUAGCUAUAGAAGUGGGGGAAAGUAUGGCUUUGUGGACCGGGUCAUUGACGGAAUGUAUGUCCACAUCAACUCGGUGCUGGUCAAAUUCAUUUCCAGAAAAUUCCAUGCAUCUCUACAGUUGUCAAGGGUCAAAGUUCAAAGUGUGACACCUAACUGGAAGCCUUCAGAUGACCUUGGGCCAACAAAAAUCAGGGACACAGUGAGAGGACAGAUCCUGUUAUUUAAGGAGUUUGAUUGGCAGACAACAAGGAUUGAAGCCACUGCUGUGGAGGGGGAGACUUCUGAAACAUUUCUGACCACGCCCCUCAGGUUCAUUGCCAACCAAUCAAAAAUCAGAAUCACCAUCAAAAAGAGACUCAGUGAUUGUGGAGUUAUUUCUACACGUGUGAUGCUGUUACUUGAUGAUCUACUCUGGGUCCUAACAGACACUCAGCUGAAGGCAGCCAUCUUGUAUAUCAACUCACUCAAGGACAUGAUAGAGAAAUCAAGAGAGCAGAGCAAAAACAAUGCAGCAGAGGCACUAGAUAUACAAGGAUUAACCUCCCUUUACAAUGACAACUCCCAGUCCCAGAGACCUCGGAGCCAGUCUAAUCCCUCCCAUGUUUCUCAGCUAUUUGAGCGAUUUGACGUGCAGACGACAUCUUAUCAUGUGAUCAGUAGCAGGAUUGACCUUCACCUUUGUGAUGACAACACCACGGAUACAAAAAACAUUCCAGGCCACAACAGUCAGAUUGAGGGAGGGGCUAUGCAGGUGAUCAUCCACAAGCUCUCAGUAGAUAUCUACCCGUUCUUCCCAGCAGACGAGGAACUGAUCAUGUCUCAGGGGGGUGAAAGAAAGAACUGGUACAGAUACACUGAUAAUCAAGGAUCAAGAAACCCUUGGGUCCAGCAACUGUUUUCUGCUUUCAAAAAACAGGCCUCCAAGGCUCGAGAAACUGUAAAUAUAGCAUCCCCUUCACAGUCCCCAGCUCACAAGCUGACCAAUAAAAAUACAGAAAAUACAGCAGCCAGUCAAAGUAAAACCUCUCCAUCCAGACCACCCCCUCCCAAUACAGGUCAAGGUCAUGGGUCACCAAACCAGAGAAGACACCGUUCCACCAAGCUGUUGGAAAGUUGUUAUGUGAUUAAGAUUGAGGAAUUUACAAUUUAUCAAGUGUCGACUGCUGAUAAUAAGAGGAAUAACCCUCAGAAGUUCCUGAGUUCUGAUAAAAAGCAGCUCCAUCUCCCCCCUGAUAUGUCAGUGUUGCACGCUGAAUACACUGAUUAUUUCUUCCCUGAGGACAUUGGCUUUCCAGUUCCCCAUGCCAAUCUGUAUGUCCUCCUGAACCCAAUCCGGCUCAAUGUAGACUGGUUAACUCUGCUCUGGGCCAACUUCUUCAUGCUCAACCUCUCCAAAAGUAUUGAAAGGAUUGAAUUAGAAGAUGUCCCAUUAGAACAUGUUGACACUAAAGUGGAGGCUAUUAUGCCAAGGAUUGUUGUUCCGUUUGAUGAGAAGUGUGAAUUGCCAGACUUCCCAAGCAGUGUGCAGCUACAGAUCUCCAGGAUGUGUGCCACUAACACUAGAGUCAGUGGCCCCUUCUCACGUGAUAGUCUGUCAGACAUUAUAUCCAACUAUGCAGCUUCCCCACUAUUCUGUACCCAGAAGUUCCCCAAUGACAACAAUAGUUUGAGAGCCAUACCGGAAACUUUUAACACUCAUGCCAAAAAUUUGGAGAAUCACUUCAUUGAGAAGAGAGCCCUGGAUUUGUUGAAUGGGUGUGCUCAAAAGUUUUCUCAGGAAGAAGUGAACAAAAUCUGGAAGUCAAACACUUUAAAACACGAUGCCAGUUUUGAUAUGUGGUGCUGCCAUGCAGAACAAGUGUGGUUAGAGUUUUUAGGACCUUCUAAUGUGAAGAGCAGACCUUUACCAUUUGUGGAGUCUAUUCCUUUGACUCUUUGGAUCUCAAAAUCCCCGCCCAAGGCUGGGAAGGAGGGGGAUAAAUCAGAUAAAGUAAUGGAGGGGUCAGAAUCCAGACUACCUAAUGGUGACAGCAUUUCUGUAGGUGAGAAAUCCAGUAAGGAAGAGUACUCUGAUUCUGACAGAGAGAAGCGACAAACUCGCCGGUUAUUGAAGGAUUAUUAUUCAGAUGAGAGUGUAACUACGUCUGAAGAGUCAGAAACCAGUCAAUUCCAAGGAUCUCCAUCAACAUGUGAUACUGAAAAUGGUGCCAAAGAUGAUAAUGUGCAAUAUUCUGCUUUGAGGGUAGCCGAUUUCAAUGUGGUGGCAAAAAUUGGUCCCGGUCCCCUCAAGGCACAAAUGACCCAUUCUCAAUACAUUUUCAUCAUGCGUCUCCAGGAGUCUUUCACUAUUUUUCAGACACAAAUGAAUGCCGAUGUUAGUUAUUUUAUAACGACAGUAUCCCCGACUGUGACGUUCUCUGUUCCCCUGAUGUUGUCAGAACUAGAGUUUGCCAUGCUUUGUCCCGUUGUACUAGAGAAUCCUGGGAUACCUGUGACAUUUAUCAGUCCACCGACCUCCACGAGUGGACAAGACGAUUUGAUGGAUGAAGUGAUAGAGAAGGAUGAAUCUACUGUCAGUGAUUCUCUAGCAGUGAAUGAAAGUCAAGACGACUCAUCCAACAGGAGUUUUCCUAUUGUUGAUAUCAUGGAUCUCUCUCACCACACACUGGGAAAGUCCUACAGUGAGUCCAAUGUUCAGAACUUUGCUCCUGAUUCCAGUCAGCCACCUCUAACUCAUGCUAUCCUGGAGAACAAUCUACAGUCGAGAAUUUCUCAGUCAACUCAAGCGCUCGGCUCGGUGGGGCGAGAGUCUGGCUAUGGAUCACUUUCAGAAGCUCCAGUGCCACAAAGCAAGAAAAUUUUACCAAAGACAACAGACUCAAUGAAAAAGUUCACUUCCAAAAUGUCAGGACUGGCAGACAAGAUAAAAGCCAAGAUGGAGAAUCUAGGGGACGAUAGCUCUAGUAUUUCAGACAGUUUGGACAGUAUGUCUAUUAGGACAGACAGUUCUGAAGAUGACUUUGAGGAAUUGUCAUUGGAUGAUGUAGAAGUCCCAGCAUUCCAGAAAGCUCGACCAAUCAGUGAGUCCCUUUCUACAGAUACUGAUGCAGCAGACGACCUAUCUUCCUUCUGUGCAGAGCAAAAUGCAGCUGAAGCAAGGGGCAAAGAAACGAUUUCUGUGGUGCUGUUCAAACUGACGUCUUUAGAGCUGUUGUUACAAGGAGAUGGGGAGGAUAUGGCGGCCCGGAUCCAGGCUCAGCAACUCCUAACCAUCCAGCCAGGAAACAUGAUAUACGACACAUUCCAUCAGAAGUUCCUCUCACCCACAGGUUUCUUUGGCCAGGAGAAGCUGUUUACCCCAAUCUCUGAGCCAGCAGUGAAGCUGAAGUUUACCUCUGGACCCGGGUCAAAGCAGGAGUCCUGUCUCGGUUCAGAGGAAGGCUUCUUGGCUGUCAAGGCCCACGACUUUGGUUUACAUUUCAAGACCUCCAGCCUGACCACACUUACAAACUUUGUUGAGGAUGAUAAACCGUCUGAAUCUAUACCUAUGCACGUGGAUGUCUCAAACUUUAUGCUGAUUUUACAAGAUGAUGUAGUUCCCCCAGGAUUUCCUAACCCACCAGAACCAACCCACAUUCAGAUUCAUUCCCUGACCAUAAUGAGAGGGAGGGAUGGAGUCAUGCACCUGAAUCAAAAUAUGAUAUCUGACAGAAAUCAAGAUACCAAAGACCUAAAUGGAGAGGUAGAUGAACUGAAAGGUGAGGUGCAGGUCUUAAAGCAGAGUAACUAUGAAGAGUGUCUAAGUAUAAGAUCUGUGAAGUUACAGUUACAGGAACUGGAGGUCGAGAAUAGACUUCUGAGGGAGGAAAACAGGAAAUCAAAGUGUAGCCCUGAAUCUGAGACUGCGAAGGAGGUAAAACAGCUGCUGGAAACUUACACCACUGAAAACGCUCGUCUUAUCGAGAGAAUCGCACACCUAGAAGACGAACUUUUGUCAGUGACCCAGGAGAAGAAUUCCUUCAUUGAAACUCUUUCUUUACUUCAGGAUGAACUAAACCUCUCAGAAAGAAGACGGCAUGAUUCUGAUAAAUGAAGGCUCAGCUUAAUAUUAUAGGGGGUUAAUAUUUAUUUUACUUGAGGGAGUUCAUAUAUGUGUGUGUGUUGUAAUAGGUGAUUAUUUUUAUAUCAAUUAAAUAGCUGUAAUUUUUGAUAGCAUGUGUAGAAGGUAAAUUAUUAAUUUUUUAAUAAUAAAAGUUGUGUGGUUAUAAACUAUAUGCAUAGUAUGUUGAAAAGUGGGUGGUAUCUGAAUAUUGUCAAUAUGUUUUGAUAAAAAAAAAUAAUUUACUAUUUGAAAUGUUAAUGUUGUUUGCAGACUCUUAGACUUAAAAGUCAUAUGCAAUGGGUUAUGUCAUAAUAAUAUGGGGUAUAUCUGGACACUUGUCCAACAAAAUUAUUUAUUUAUUGUUAAUUUACAUGUACAUUGAUGAUUUGUAGAAAAAAUUUGCCACUCAGAUGAAUUUGUUCUUAAAACUGUUACAAGAUAUUGUUAUUUGUAUAUUGUACAUGUAGAUUAUUACUGUCUGCAUGUACUUUUUCUCUCCUGUGGUGCAAAAUUAUUGUAAAUCAAAUAUAACAAGUACGGAUGCAGAGUACCCACCUCCAACUUUUUUAAUACUUAUGAAUCUUAUAGUAACAGCUGCUGAAGCUAACCUGUAAGGAGUUAAGACUUUUAUCUUCAACUCUUUAGGAAAAUCAAAGAGGCACUUUUUAUUGCUUUAAGGUUCACUGACACUCUGGUAAGAGAGAUAACUCUCACUGGGUUUCAUAACUAAUAUUUCUUUAAAAUUUUGUGAAGUCAAAAUGGCACUUUCUGUGAAAUUUUGCACCACAGGGUAUGCUGAAAUUGUUGCAUUAAUAAUGUAGAUUUCUUAUAGAAAAUCAUUAUGAAUCAAACAAAUUUUUUUUUAUAAGAGUGAACAGAGAGAUGAUGAAACUUAAUAUUGAAUGUGGACUAAAAUGUCUGUUUUCCUGAUAGUGCUCACACCUUUAUUUUGAUAUUCAUACUGGCCAUAACAUACAAUGUAUAGUCAUUUUGGUAUUUAUUGAAUACUUGUAGUGGUUUUCUGGUGGUAUUAACAAUGUAGUAUGCAUAUGAUGAUUGCUUGAAAGGUUCAUUGUUAAGUAUAAUGCUUUUAUUUUGAAUACUAGAUGUCAUUCAGGUUACUGAUGCAAAGAAUUUAAUCUGUGAACAUCUUUUGAGGGUUUUUUUUUUGGAAAUCAAGUCAAAUUUGUAUAUGUAGUGACCCUUUAAAUUGUGUUUGCUCAGUUUUAUAAUAUAGUGCUUAUCUUUGUGUAUUUCCUUUAUAGCUUAUAGUAUUUAAUGAAAGAGACACAACUGUACCUCUCAUUAUUAACCAUUAUACACAAACGUGUAAUAAAUAAUCCAAAUCUAUAUCGUAUAGAUUAUCCACCGAGCUCUUGGCUCACUGUAUUUCUGUGCAGGUUAUCUUUUUCUUUCUGUGUUUUUCUUGUCUUUAUUUACCCCCCACCCCCACCCCCCGUUGGUUUUGGUGCUCUUUUCUGUGUACAGUUUUACAGAUAUCGAUAUGUUUCCUGCUUUUUGUCAGCUUUCUGUGAUAUUUUGGGUGACUUCCAUUGGAAGGAAAAGACUAUAAGGCAUUUGUAUGGUGCUUGGUAUAUUUAUUAUUAAACUUUAAAGGCUUUGUUACAUAGGCAAAUUUAAGUGUAUUAUGCAUGAAUUUGAACAGAAUUCACAUGAACAGAGUACUACUGGAAAACAACUAGUUCUCAAGUUUUUUUUCUGUUUUGUGAAUGACAUGAAUUAAAUGUCAUCUGCCCAGUUUUCUAAAAUUGUGAUAUAUGAAAGUAGGAGAAUGUAUACCAAUUACAAAGUAGCAUAAUUAUGAAAUGAAGAGAAAAUACAUUCUCAGAAUAUUUCCAUUUAGCAUUCUUGUUUUGGGGAGACUGGCAUCUGUGGUGUUAUAUGAGCACCAGGCAUAUAUACUGUAAAUCACUUUUUAUUCACGAGAACUUUAUUUUCACUUAAUUACACGAGACAACGUGCUCAUGAAAAUAUCAUUCUCGCAUAUAUUAGUAUUCCUAAAGAUUAUGUAGAACAGUAACCACAAUUCUUGAAAAUUUUGACUCGUUAAUAAAGAGUAAAUGUCUAUCUCGUUAAAAUAAGGUGUCGUGAAAAUUUAGUGAUCUACAGUAACUGCAGUGACUUAAGCAAGUACUUGUCUUCCCCCUUUUCAGAAAUCUUUUCCCACAGAUAUUAAGCAGUGUACUAUUGCAUUUUUUAUCAAGAAUUUUUUUGAGAACUGGUUGCUAGUCAGUAAAAUGAAAAUAACAUGAUUACAUGUAUUUCAAGGAAAGGCAUAUAAAUGUGUAAGGGAUUAUUCACACAAUAUAUUUUACUAAUGAUUAGGGCUGGGUAUCGGCUGGGAAUUUCGUAUUGCGAUAUAUUGCGAUAUUUUAAACUGUAUUGCAAUAUGUAUUGCAAUAUUUUUAAUAACAGUUAAAAUGCUCUUUUCUUAGUUUAUUAACCUCCAUUUAUAAUCAGAGUGAAUAAAACUACAUGUGUAUUAUAAAUACGUUGUAGCAAAAAAAAGUUUUUGUCAAUUUCACUUCAGUUUUUCAAUGAAAUACAACCAUACAACAGCAACCUUAUUAUUUGGCAUGAUUGAAAGUGUUUCUGGCAUCUUGAAUUUCAUAUUUUACUUUAGAAAUCACAAGCCCAAGCAUUUUACAGAUAUACCGUUACUGGAAAAACAUAUCACAAUAUGAUAUUUUUUGUUAACAAAUCGCAAUAUACCGGAAUAUCGAUAUUAUUGCACAGCCCUACUAAUAAUGCUUUAUGUAAUUAUAAAAAAAAAUGAACAGGGUUAAAAUGGAUGUUGAUGUUGUUCUUAUUUCUCCCUUUUGUACCUCGUCGCUCGUGUUAUUUUUCACAAACAGAAUAAAAAGGACAUUUACUUUGAAUAUUAGGGCUAUUAAUGCAGAUUUAAUGUUUCUCCAAUCUGUGACUUUGAUCAACAGAAGGAAUAUAGCAAAUUAAUUCAUUUAUUUUUGUUGGCCUAUACAAUUUUAUUAUAGAUAUAUAGUUUACUAGUCUGAAAGUAUUGAGAUAGUAGUUCAUUCCAAUUUUGGGGAAAAAUUGUAAAAUGAACAUUUAAGUGAAAUUAGCUUGGAUAAUAAAAUAAGAAAGGGAUGAGAAAAUGCAAAUUCCAGUCAGAUUUAGUAGAUUAUUUUUAUAGAGUGCCUGAGCGAUAUAAAAGCUGAAUACAGUAUUUUAUGAGGCUAUUAUUAGACCUAAGCAGCUAUACAUAUAAAAGAUACCGGGUAGUUUGAAUGCUGAGAAAGAGAGGAUGACAGUUCCCUUAUAAAGUACUUGCUGUCAAUAAUCAGUUUUUACCGGUAAUUUUGUUUGUGGUGUAGACUUCAGUAUUUAUAGACACAAUUUAGCAAAGUAGUUUGAUAUUGUCUGCAGGUAUUGAUGUACAUGUAUGACUGUGUACCUAUUUAAAACUUACUAAGUUUGUUUCAUUUUAAUACCGGUAAUUAGAAAAGUGUUUUCUUGUCUAAGCCAAAGUUUGUUUAAAUUUUCUUUGUUUAUUUAAAUUUCUUGGAAUAUAUGUGGAAGUGUUAUACACAUAUAGGGUACUUAAUGAAUAUUUUAGAUCUAUUUUACAGUAAAUGAUUUAGAAUUGCAGAUGAAUUAUACCAUGUAGAAUUGAGUACUCUAGCUGUGUGACUCAGACUGUAUUCCUCAGAGUGACACAGCUUUAACUCUAUAUCAAAUCAAUCAAACUGUUCUGAUUAUUAUAGAGGAUUCCUGGGAAUUUGAAAUCUCAGCUCUUUCCUUGUAAACAUUUACACAAUAUUUUUCAGUAUUUAAUUGAUUUACUCAUAUAGCCUUAGGUGUGUUUUGUUUUUGUUUUUGUUUUUUGCAUAUUUAGUGGGUUAAUUUGACCUGUUAAAAUUAAAGUGCAUAGCUGCCCAUAUGCAUGUACGCAAUCAUAAACAAGACCUUGCUUCGUUCAGGGCCAGAUUGUGCACUGAAUGUGGCUUGUAGUCUUAUCGUGGGUUCCUUAUAUUUGGGUGCUUGUAAUUUGCCUGAUGAAGGUAAAAAGUUGUUUUGAUUCUUAAACAUGUAUCAUCACCUCCUGUCAUUUAUAUAUAUGUGUGUACAUGUACAAUAUUUUGUUUUCCACUUUAUUUCUGUAUAUCUAAAACAAAAUGAAGAUAUUCAAAUCUGUUAUAUACUGAGAUAUGGUGAAGCCCUAUUUGUAACUUUUCUUUUGUAUUAAGAAAACAGAGUAAAUCCUGUUUAAUCCUAGAGGAAAUGCAAUAAUUUAACACUUUUUGUAUGGUUUUUCUACUCCAUUUAAUGGACUUGUUGUAUGGUUGUUUCUGUUUGAUAGAAUAAAGAAUACCUAUAUGAA